AUCUCAGAAUCGAAGCGCUAUGUCGCGAUGUAUCUGUAUCACCGUUUCGCAAAAGAUUUACGUUGACGUUAAAUGUUUCACAUCUAAGACCUUCGUUUUAUGGAUGACGUUGAGAUAAGUAGAGCGAGCCGAUUAUUUAAGUAAAGUUGAUACGCCAUUACGUAGUUUGUAUGUACAUAAUUGUACAAAUGAUGCUCUUGCAUAAACGGUAUUCCGGUGUGUGACAGUGAAAGUGUUUCUCCUUGAAGUUUCUACUGUGAUCAUUGUCGAUGAAACUUCAAGUUAUGCAUACAAUAGAUGAAGAUUUCCCUGGCAUGUGCUUCGCUUCAACCAGAUGCGCUACCAUUGAACCAAACAAAACUUGGGAGCUUUCACCGUUCUGUGGUAGAUCAACUUGUAUAGCAGCUGACGAUAAUUCUGGUCGCCUUUUCGAACUUGUAGAAGAUUGCGGACCUUUACCAAAGGCCAAUCCAAAAUGCAAACUUUCUGAUAAAACCAACAAGACGGCCAGCUUCCCAGACUGUUGUCCGAUUUUCGAAUGCGAGGAGGGCGCCAAACUUGAAUAUCCUGAGAUUCCAACUUUGCCACCACCGACGGAAAUCUUUGAAAUUGAAAAAAUAACGGAAACGUCAACGGCGAAAGCUUAAUGCAUUGCGCACCCUAUUUUUGUUCUUUUUUGUCCCCCUCUUCCCUGAUUAUCUUAUUCGAAAGCGAAUAACACUUUUAAGCUCUCUCAAUCACGCCCGAUUUCUAAUUAGUAUCGCAUCGUAUCCUCAUCAUGGCGAAAUAGAUCGUAAUAGUGCCGUGAAUAAUUGGCCCCUGGCAACUGGUUAACAACUUGUAUCAUUAAUUUUACUUGCAAAUUUAUACGAAAUGUUACUUUCACUUCGAUUCCGGGUUAUAAUACUAUCGAUCAAAACUCGGCACAUCCGAGGAACCUUUAGAUACUUUCGUCUAAAUAUUAGAAGACAGCAAGAUCGUUAAAAUUUUUCUUAAUACAUGCUCAAUGAUUAGCUGCGCUACGCUUUUGCUGGUUCGUCAUGGUUCAAACAUAAUGCUCCUUGGUUCGUACUUAAUGCUCCUUGCACGAGAAUUUCGCCAAGCUUGCAUUUGUCGAUCCUAAUUUCCUUAGCAACAUAUGCGUUUUCACGAUUGCAACUUUCUCAUGUUAUUUCUGCACAUCACGAUUGCGAAAUCAAAAUACGAUCUUUUCGCAUUAUUAUCGUCCUUAUGUUUAUGACGUGCACCUCUCCUAAUAUAAUUAAUGUGAUCCCGCUAAUUUUCGUACUUUAUGCCAGUGAUACUGUAUAAACGAACUUGCAUAUGCAUUUUAAAUGUGUGUGAUCCUAAGUAUACUAUAAAAUAAUAAAUUAAUAUCUAUUUAAAAAAA